CAGGGAGAAGGGGGUUGAGUCAGUUCAAGCAAAUCUUAUUGGUGAAGAAGUGUCGUGUAUUUGACUACUUUCUUUUUUUAAAGAACCAUUUCCUUUGCGUUCAACUCACAUCACUGUGCCUUCAAGGCGACUGAGUGUCAAGGACAAAACUGCAGGUUUCUGUUUGACUGUUGAGGAGAAGUGGGCCUUCCACCACAGAGGACAUGUUUGAACACUCGGCUUUUCAUCCAAUAUAAAAUGCUUUCCUUGGGGGAGGAGGAGGAGCAGAAAAUCGAUGGAGGUCCGUUGACCCAGGGCGUAGGGGUUUCUCAAGAGAAGAGCCCUUCUGGUAUCCUGUCCCAAACCAUGAAUUACGUGGGGCAGCUGGCCGGGCAGGUCAUCGUCACCGUCAAGGAGCUGUACAAGGGCAUCAACCAGGCCACGCUGUCCGGGUGCAUCGACGUCAUCGUGGUCCGCCAGCCGGACGGCACCUACCAGUGCUCCCCCUUCCACGUCCGCUUCGGCAAGCUGGGCGUCCUGCGCUCCAAGGAGAAAGUGAUCGACAUAGAAAUCAACGGCGAUGCGGUGGAUCUUCACAUGAAGCUGGGCGAUAAUGGAGAAGCUUUCUUUGUGCAGGAGACGGAAGAGGAAGAUGAAAGAGUUCCGCCCUAUCUGGCCACCUCCCCAAUACCCACGGAUGAUCAAGUCUUCAAAUUAAACAUCGAAACGCACCUGAUGAAGUCAGCGGGCAGUGAGAGGUCCUGCCAGAGUUCAGAUAACUCUCACAUCAUAGAGCCGGAGAUCGGGUUCACCCCGGGCUCGGUGAAGAAGAAGAAACGAAGACGAAGGAAGAACAAAUCGGAUAUCAAGAAAGAAGAUCAACCCCCUGCUCCGGGCAUGGAGGAGAUAUUUGCGAUGGAUAUGAGCUCCGACGACGAUAAAAGAUCUCAGCCACUCAGGGCAGCAGCGUCAGUAAAGGAUGAAGACUUUAAGGAGCCUCUGAUCUUCCACGCCAGCGAUCACUACCCAUUGUCCGACGGAGACUGGUCGCCCUUGGAGAAUGCUUUCUCCCAGACGGCCUGUCCGAAGAGCGACUCGGAACUGGAAGUGAAGCCUGCCGAGAGCUUGCUGAGAUCAGAGUCUCAUAUGGAGUGGACUUGGGGAGGAUUUCCGGAGUCCACCAAGAUCAGCAAAAAGGACAGAUCCGACCACCCUCGAACGGCAACCAUCACCCCGUCCGAGAAGACCCAUUUCCGCGUCAUCCCCAGCGAGGACAGCCUCGCGAGCCAGGCGGAGAAGGGCUCUUCGCUCGACAGGCCCGUCUGCGCCAUCGUCAAACCAAAGCCGAGAGCUCUGUGCAUGCCCGUGAGCGACGCGUCUUGUCCCGCCGCCGCCGCCGCCGCAGUGCUGGAGCCAUCCUUCGAGAGCCCCGAGAGUUCCCCCGUGUUCGAUCCCGACCCCCUGCCUAACUCCUCGGACGGCUCCUCGGACACAAAACCGGUGGCUAAAGUGGACUCUCCGUCCAAGAAAAAAGGGGUCCACAAGAGGAGCCAGCACCAGGGACCCGACGAUAUUUACUUAGACGAUCUGAAGGCCUUGGAACCCGAAGUUGCGGCGCUCUAUUUCCCCAAAAGUGACUCAGAUCCAGGGUCCAGGCAGUGGACGGAGACGGAUACGUUAUCUGGAUCUCAGUCCCCUCAGUCGGUGGGGAGCGCGGCAGCCGACAGCGGGACGGAAUGCCUCUACGAUUCGGCCAUAGACCUGCCCGACGUCACCCUGUCCUUAUGCGGAGGCCUCAGCGAAAACGGAGAGAUCUCGAAAGAAAAAUUUAAGGAGCAUAUCAUCACAUACCAUGAAUUUGCAGAAAACCCGGGGCUUAUAGACAAUCCUAAUCUAGUAAUAAGGAUUUACAACAGGUAUUACAACUGGGCCUUGGCUGCUCCCAUGAUCCUUAGCUUACAAGUGUUCCAGAAAAGCUUGCCCAAGGCUACUGUUGAGUCCUGGGUCAAGGAUAAGAUGCCAAAGAAAUCUGGGCGAUGGUGGUUCUGGCGGAAGAGAGAGAGCAUGGCCAAACAGCCGUCGGAGACCAAGGAAGGUAAAUUGGAACUACCCCAGUCGAGUGAGCUGACCAUGAAUACAAAAGAGCAGGCGAACAUCAGGCCAGCGGAAGAUGAUUCUUCCAGUGAUGAGGGCUCACAGGAGGUGAAGGAGUCGCUCCAUAUAGACCCCGGCCCGGCGGAUCUUCCGGCCCACACAAGCAGCACUACCUCGUACAAGAAGUCUCUUAGACUCUCCUCGGACCAAAUAGCCAAGCUGAAACUGGAGGAUGGUCCAAACGACAUGGUGUUCAGCAUCACCACUCAGUAUCAAGGCACCUGCCGGUGCGCGGGGACCAUUUACCUGUGGAACUGGGACGACAAGGUCGUCAUCUCCGAUAUCGACGGGACGAUCACCAAGUCGGAUGCUUUAGGGCAGAUCCUUCCACAGCUGGGAAAAGAUUGGACCCACCAAGGCAUAGCUAAACUCUACCAUUCCAUCAAUGAGAACGGCUACAAGUUUCUGUACUGCUCAGCUCGGGCCAUCGGGAUGGCGGACAUGACGAGGGGGUACCUGCACUGGGUCAACGACAAAGGAACCAUCCUCCCCAGGGGACCGCUGAUGCUGUCUCCCAGCAGCCUGUUCUCCGCCUUCCACAGGGAAGUGAUAGAAAAGAAACCGGAAAAGUUCAAAAUCGAAUGCCUGAAUGAUAUCAGGAACCUGUUUCCUUCACAAAAACAGCCUUUCUAUGCUGCUUUUGGGAACCGGCCAAAUGACGUGUUUGCCUAUACCCAAGUUGGAGUCCCAGACUGUAGGAUAUUCACGGUGAACCCCAAGGGCGAAUUAAUUCAGGAGCGGACCAAAGGGAACAAGUCAUCGUACCACAGACUGAGCGAGCUGGUGGAGCACGUCUUCCCCCUUCUCCACAAAGAGCAGAAUUCCGCCUUCCCCGACCCGGAGUACAGCUCGUUCUGCUUCUGGCGAGACCCCAUCCCCAAGUUGAACCUGGACGACCUGGCCUGAAGGGGAGCGAGCGGGAUCUCUCCGCUGUCUCUCGGCUCCCGGGCGGAGCCAAGGACUUGCCGGAAGGAGACGGAGAGGCGACGGUCUCACCUUAGAACCCGGCGCGUCCCCCCAUCCCUCCCCACCCCGUCACCCUUCCAUCCCCUUCCCCUCUCGCCCCCGGCUGGGGUUAGGGAAAAGCGCUUGGUGACAGAGCGGUCGGAACGGGAGAAGGCUGAGCUCCGGGGGUUUUAAGCCACCGUUCCUCUUUUCGUCACCUUCCCGGUCGGGCUCGGGGACUGGUGAUCCCCGAGCCUUAAUCCAGCCGACUCCCAGUGGUCCAGGAGAGCGGGGAGGAGGAAGCUCCGGCCUUGAGUUUGCGGCCUGCGCUUGCAUCCUGACAGACCUGCUCUUAAACCCAGGGUUUCGAGCCGAGCGCCGCCUGGGGAUCUUCUCGAUCGUUUCGAAGGGGGAAAGGAAAUCCAAAAAAAAAAAAAGUCAGCAUCCAAAAGAAUGUCGAGAUAGACAUAAUGGUUCAAACUCCCGUGACCAGGUUGCGGGUGGGGGCUGUCUGAACGCGGCUAAUUUUCAGUUGGUGAGAAACAAAGUCCGCAUAUGUUUAUUCCCAAAAGACCUCACCCACCUGAAAAUGCAAAAGCGGGCAUCGCCCCAUGCUCGGUGAGCUAAAUGCCUGUGCCACAGGCCCGGCCGGGGGCUUCAAGAGAGAAAGAAGACGCUCGGUUCUUCGCGGGGUUGCCCGACCUAGUAGAGGCGUGAGGUUGACAGGAAAGAAAACUCAAAAGUU